CUCCAGCCCACGGACAGGGGGUUCACCACCCCCCCGACCCUCUCCCCAAAACCCCGGAGAGGCUUUGCCAUGGGUUUGGGGAAAGGCCUUGACAGCGGGGACCCCGCAGCGGUGACUCAGGGAUGCCGGGGUUGUGAAACAGGCCUGGGAUGGUUUGGGAGACGCCUCCACACAGCCCCGCCAAGCCCAGCCGCCCCGGGGAGCCCGUGGGGGGAACAAGCCACGGCAGCGUCUGGGCUUUGAGCAGCGGCUGACCCGUCAGGCAGGUUUCCCACAGCAGCAGCGCAGCCGGAGCGAGCCGUCCGGGGCCGGGAAUGCCCCUCCGCCCGCUCGCAGGCUGACGGAGCCCCCGGCUCUCCGCUCGCCACCGCCGGAGCCAUGCGGGCGGCUGGGCUGCUGCUGGCCUGGGCGCUGCUGCAUCCCGCUGCCAGCCAGCAGUGCCACCCCUCCAGCCCCGGCGGCGUCCUCCGCUUCACCGACAGGCACGCCGAGAUCCAGGUGCCGGCGCUGCACCGCGUGCCCAGCUCGCUCGAUCCCCUCUACGGCCUCGUCCGGCGCUGCCUGGACCUCAUCCAGCAAAACCCGCUGCCCACAGAGCUGCUCAGGACAGCCUUGAACGACCCCGGCUCUGUGCGGACGUCGCAGGUGGUGCAGUAUGAGCUGGGCUAUGUCGUCUGUGCCGCCGUGGCUCUGCUCUUCACCGUGGCCAUGCCGGUGGCGGGGAUGUGCUUCUGCUACUGCCGGAGCCGGCGGCGCUGCGGGGGCCGCCUCCGUGCCCACCGGCGCUCGCUGGGCUGCCGCCGCCGCUGCCUGCUGGCCUGCCUGUCCUUCACCUCCCUCAUCAUCCUGAUCAGCGUCACCUGCGCCUUCGUCACCAGCCAGAGGGUGAAGGGGCAGAUGGAGCCGGGGCUGGGGGCUGUGCCCUCCACCCUGCGCACGCUGCGACAGCACCUUGCCAGUGUCCCCCAGGGGGUGCAGAUGGUGGUGGACAAAUUCGAGGUGCCCCGAAAGCAGAUAAACUCCGACCUGGGCGGGCUCAGCCGGAGCGUGGGGCUCUCCAUCCACGCACAGCUCAAGGCCAUGACCUACGCGGCGCUGGCGGACCUGCAGGACAGGGCCGGAGACCUACAGACCUCGCUGCACCAUUUACAGAUUGUCCACAGGACGGCGCGGGCGCUGGCGGCGGCGCGGGCCGAGCUGGAGCCGGCGCUGCGGGAGCGAAGGCGCCGCGUGGUCGCGCUCCUGGACGACCCGCGCUGCACCUCCUGCGCCAGCGUCCUGGGCAGGGCGCAGGGCCUGGAGCCGGGCGCCGACUACGGCAAGGUGCCAUCGGUGGAGAAGGUGUUGGAGGCGCUGGCCGGUCUGCCCCGGAGUGACUUUGCAGAGAUGAUUCGCCAGGGCAACGGAACCUUCAACUCCAUCCCAGAGCUGGCUGUGGAGAGGAUGGCGCAGGUCAUCCAGGAUCUGCGGGGCGACCUGGCCCGCACGGCGGAGAAGGUGCAGUCCAUCGCUGACGGCUUCCCCCUGCCCGACUACACCCGGCCCGUGAGCGACGCGCUGGGGAAGGCGGAGGAGCGGAGCCGGCCGUACCUGCGGGAGGUGGAGCGCUUCGAGCGCUACAGGUGGAUCGUGGGCACGGUGCUGUGCUCCAUCAUCCUCCUCAUCCUCCUCUGCAACGUGACGGGGAUGGCCCUGGGGGCGUACGGGCUUUCCAAGCGGGAGGACCCCAGCGACUACGAGUGCCGAGGAGAAGCUGGCGCCAAGUUUCUCCUGGUCGGCGUGGGCUUGGCUUUCCUGUUCUCCUGGCUCCUCAUCCUCCUGGUUUUCGCUACCUUCCUGGUCGGGGGCAACAUCCAGACGCUGGUCUGCAGGAAUUGGGUCAACCAGGAGAUUUAUAAGUUCAUCGACACCCCUGGAAACCUUCCGCCGUCCAUGAACCUCACCCGCCAGCUCAACCUCAGGAGGGACUCCAACCUCAGCUCCACGUACCGGGAGUGCAAGAGCGGCGCCGGGCUCUGGGAGGUGCUGCAGCUCGACAGGUCCUACGACCUGGAUGAGCACCUGAAAAUGUCCAAGUACACGGCCGAUUUCCAAAAACGCCUGGGCGACUUCACAGCGGACCUGGGAGAUGUGAGGCUGCUCCGCAGCGAGGGCAGGCAGGACCUGGAGACCUUCGCCCGCAGCGGGGUGGACGAGGUGGACUACGGGCGCUUCCAGGAGGAGAUGAAAAACCCCGUGGUGCAGACCAGCCUGCCCGGCUUGGCGAGGAACCUCGAGGGGCUGCAGAAAAUGCAGAGGAACAGCACGGUGGCCGGGCGGCUGGCGGCAGAGGCACGGGCGCUGUGGCACAUGCAGAACUCCACGGUGCAGUCGCAAGAGGCUUUGGUGGUGAGUCCAAAAACUGUGGGCAGCGGUGCCACUGGCACCUCCUUGAAGGGGACAACGAGGUUUCUGAGCCUUUCUCACCUCCCUGUCCCACAGGCAAAGCUGGGGGAAAGCGUCCAGUUCCUCUCCCGCUUGGCACCGCACCUCAAGGAGCGGGUGAAGAGGACGCUGGCCACCAUGGCCUCGGUGGAAGCCCGGCUGCCCGUGCAAGCCCAGCAGAUCCUCCGGCAGGAGCUCGGCUGCUUCACCAGGAGGGAGCUGCGGUAUUUCGGCCAGUACCUCAACUGGGUCGGGCAGACGCUGAGGGAGGACGUGGCUUCCUGCCAGCCGCUCGCCACGGCGCUGGACAACGGGCGGGUCAUCCUGUGUGACCGCAUCGCCGACCCCUGGAACGCCUUCUGGUUCAGCCUGGGCUGCUGCACCUUCUUCCUCAUCCCCAGCAUCAUCUUCGCCGUCAGACUCACCAAACACUUCCGCCCCAUCCGCAACCGGCUCAUCUCCACGGGCUCAGAGGAGACCUGUCCCUUCCACAUCCCCCGGGUCACGGCGCUCAAGCUCUAGGAGCCGGGCCGGAGCACUGCAGGUCCCUCUGUCACCUCUCAAGGCUUCGGAUCCCUCUGGCGUCUCUUUCUCGGUGUCCUUUGGGGUCUGGCUCCUUCCUGGGUGUGUGUGGGGCCCUCGGCAUUUGGGAUCCCUCGGGGGCUGAGCCCCGGAGCCCGGCCGAUCCCCCCGGCCCAUCCCGGCUGGAGGGGGAGGCUCCCCCGGCUCUCCGCCGUCCUCUCACACCCACAGGGAAGGGCGCCCGCCGCUGCCCCACCACAGCUCCCCGCUCCCGGGACCCCCGGAGGUGUGGGGCACAU